AGUUACGAAGUCGGUGCGGAUCGGGGCUUCCGGGAUCAUGACGCCCAUUCCGCGGCUCAUCUUGCUCUUUAGCGGGAAGAGGAAAUCGGGAAAGGACUUCGUGGCGGAGGAGCUGCAGAGCCGGCUGGGUCCAGAUGUUUGUACCAUCCUGCGGUUGUCAGGACCCCUGAAAGAGCAGUAUGCAAAGGAGCACAGCCUGGAUUUCGAGCGCCUCUUGGACGCCAGCAAUUACAAGGAGACGUAUCGGGAGGAUAUGAUCCGCUGGGGCGAGGAGAAGCGCCAGACUGAUCCUGGUUUCUUCUGCCGCAUCGUGGUGGAGGGCGUUGUGCAGCCUGUCUGGGUAGUGAGCGACACGCGGCGUCUUUCAGAUGUGGAGUGGUUCCGAGAUGUCUAUGGGGACGCGGUGAAGGUGGUGCGCAUCGUCGCCACGGAGGAGACCCGGAAGAGACGAGAUUGGGUGUUUGUGGCAGGGAUCGACGACGCCGAGUCAGAAUGCGGCCUGGACCAAGGCGUGGCCUUCGACUGGAUCGUCACCAACGACGGAGACCAGCUUUCCUUGGAGGCUCAGUUGGAGGAGCUGCUCCAGUUCGUCCAAGGCGCCCUCCAGCCGCCUCUGAACGUCUAGAAGGUCUCUUCCCCCUCCCUCCCAACCCGUCCUUUGAGUUCCGGACUGGAACUUGGCUGUAGCACCAAAGAGAGAAAGAGAACCUGGAACAUGGCGUGACCACUGACCGUUGAAGCCCAUUCCAGGGCUGAGGGAAUCCACUUCCCCGUUUUGCAAGUCCGUUCCGAGGCGUGCCAUAAUCCAGCGCCGGUUCUUCCUGCAACCCAUUCCGAACAGGGUGUGCGUAACCCAUCCUGUCUUAGCUGCUUCCUUGCAGACAUCUUUUGAGGGGCCAUUUUGGAGGCGCUGGGUCCAGUUUUGGAGGACUGGUGUCGCUUCUCUGUUUGUCUCUGCUUCCCUCGCCAUGGUUUUAAAAAUUGCUGCUUUCAGCCACCAGAGGGCAGGACGCACUCAGUUUAGCAUUUUUUUUUGCCGUUCUUCACCCGUUAACCUUCCUGCCUAAUUCUCUCUCGGCUUGCUGCGAAACUUCCUCACCCAGAUGUUUUGGGAUCGCCCUGCCAGAGAGGUGGGAAAUGCACACUGUUGGGGUGGGGGGAGAUCAUGUUAGAUCUUCUCCCUCGUUCUCGUCGCUUCCAGAUUUAAGCUGAUUCUUUUUUUUUUCUUAAACAGGAAUGUUCCAAUGCGACUUGGCUUCUUUUUUUAAUCCUCGCCCACUUUUUUCUCUGGGUGGGAACAAAAAAAACAAACAAACGCUGUGCCUUAACUGCAGAGAGCUGCCCGUUCACCAGCCUACCCUCUUCCGCUCUUUGCCUGCCUGCCCUUGCCGAAUCCUUCUUUCCUGCCGGAGCGUGCCAGCUCCCCCCCCCAGAACAGCUGUGUGAUGGAGAGAUGUUCAACAGCUGCUGAGAACAGUGCGGGCGGGUGCGUCGAGGCUGCACCUGUUGGGUUUCUUGCUGUUUUAGCAACCCUGGGAAAGGCUUUCAGGAUUGUAGGUUUUGCAGUUAGCAAAGGGCGUGCCGGUUGGGAAAGGAGGUGACUGCCCGUAAAGAAACACAUUGCUUAUGGAGAGGUUCUGAGAUCAGUUGUCAGCGGGGGAGACCUUUGGCAUUAGAGGAUAACAUGGAGAGCAGGGUUCCUUGCAUCGGGGUGGCAAAAGCUCGCUCGGUGUCACCCUAAGAAAAUAAAAACCCGCUCUCCUCCUGUGAUUGUAGCUCUUCUCCUGACUGAGCCCCCAACAUGAUUUUGCCCAGGGCUUUUUUUGUAGCAGGAACUCCUUUGCAUAUUAGGCCACACCUCCCUGAUGCAGCCAAUCCUCCCAAGCGCUUACAGGACUUUUUGUACAGGGCCCUGGAGGAUUGGCUACAUCAGGUGCGUGGCCUAAUAUGGAACUCCUUUGCAUAUUAGGCCACACACACCCUGAUGCAGCCAAUCCUCCAAGAGCUGACAGGGCUCUUAGUACAGGGCCUCCUGUAAGUUCCAGGAGGAUUGGCUGCAUCAGAGGGCGUGGCCUAACAUGCAAAGGAGUUCCUGCUACAAAAAAAGCCCUGAUUUUGCUCCCCAUGACUGCAUAACCUCUGGUUAACACUUCCUGAUGCUGAUCUGAAUUCUCAUUUCUGGAGACUGUUGGGUUAACAAUAAAGCUUUGAAUUGGUUA